AUGAGCAGCGCAUUUCGUAUGGCCCUCGUGCGUGUUACUGUAAUUGAACUUCGCCAGUCAAACUACAAAUAUUUCAAUGAGCCCGACAAACAACUUACACCCAAUCCAUCAUCCCAAUCUUCUUUCCCUCCGGUUCCCCAACCAACAAAAGCCAUGGAAAUAACCGACCACAACAAACAUAACAAUCAUUCUUAUCCUCAACCUUUGGCCAUACACACCAUAAUAGACUCUCAAACUACACACACAACUAGGAAACGAAGCAAAAGGAGACAAGACCCACCUAACGCUAUCUUAAAGCCUCUUCUACCUCGCCUACCAGCCCCUGUUGUGGCUGCUAAAGCACGUCUCCCGACGCCACCCGGACGCUUUCUAACACCAAAAACGCCAGUUAUAACACCCAAAGCCCUCUCUUCUCCAAAUUCGCCAGAAACGCAAACUGAUUUAAUGCCCAUGCUUCUCCAAGCAGCAGCUCAAGCCGCAGUGAGAGACAAACGACAAGAGCGUAUGGUUAAAAACCGUGCUGCUGCGUACGAAUCUCGGAAAAGAAAACGAGAAGAAGCCGAGAGGCUUAUGAAAGAAAAUAAAGACUUAAAAGCUAGAGUUAAUGAGCUCGAGCGUACUUUAACCGAAAUAACUAGAGAAAGAGAUGCUGCUUUUCGAGAGAAUCAUCGUCUUAAACUCCGUUUAGAGAAAGAGCGAGCUGCUGACUGA